CGACGAUCUCGAUCGAGACCGAAGACCGCAGAGCUAGGACGCUGUCAGCUUGCAAUCACAUCGCUCGUCGUGGAAGCAGCGCGUCGUAGCUGUGCGCCGACGACCCGUGAACUACUGCAGCGACAGGUAGAGACAAAGCCUUUUCUCAUAGAUAGCUCUCAGACGCGGCCGACGCGUGCAGCAAAUUGUAAGUAGCAACAACCAUCAUGGCGGCAAAACCGGAAGACAUCAUGGGCGACGGCUCCAUUUUGAAAACUAUCAUCAAGGCGGGCACGGGAGAGGAGAAGCCGGCAUGGGGCAAUAAAGUGAAAGUACAUUACGUCGGCACGCUCACGUCGAAUGGCGAGAAGUUCGACUCGAGCCGCGACCGUAACAGCCCUUUUGACUUUCAAGUUGGUUCUGGGGUAAUCACGGGCUGGUCCGAGGCCGUGCCGACGAUGCUGCUCGGUGAAAUCGCAAAGUUCACCAUUUCAAGCGAAAAAGCGUAUGGUCCCGGCGGCUCACCACCAAAAAUCCCUCCCAACGCGUCGUUAGACUUUGAGAUUGAAUUACUCUCAUUUACGGACCGGGAGGACGUCUUGCAAGAUGGGACAUUAAUGAAAAAACAACUCGGCAAGCCUGACGAGGACUCGUGGGUCACGCCGAACGCGAACUGUGAUGUGGAGUUCAAGCUCACAAUAGCGGGCGGCGACGAGCACGCCGUGAGCUGGCCCGCUGGGACUGGGUGCCCGCACGGCUUACCCCCAAGACUACGAGAAGGUUUGUUUGAGAUGAGGAAGGGCGAGACGUGUUCGUUCCUAUUACCUAAGGACGCCCCUGGUGUGGAUUAUGAAGUGACCCUUGUGAGUUGGGUCGAGAACGAGGAGUGCGUGAGCGGGGACGACGGCGCGGUGGUCAAGAGAAUUGAAAGAGAUAAGACGAUUGGCAAAGACGACUGGAAGUGCCCGCACGACUUAGAUACGGUACAUAUGAGAGGUAAGGUGUGGGUCGACGGCGACGAGGCGAAAUGCGUCGAUUACGGCGAGAUUCCGCCCAAUACUGACGGGUCGCAGGACGCUUCUGUUUAUGUUGUGGAUGAGGACCUGACCACGUCUACUGGUAGUGCCGUGUGCCCUGGUAUCGAUGCCGUCGUGAAGAAGCUUAGAGUUGGAGAAAUAUCCACCGCGAUCAUUAGGAAGGACUAUGGGUUCAAAGAAGGGCCACUCGCGGGCCAGCCGCUGCGCUGCCGCCUCGAGCUCGUGAAAAUAGACCCACAGACCCCCAAUUGGGAGAUCAAGACGACCGAGCUCAAGAUCGAGGCCGUUUCUGGCAGUGUGGAAAUCAGUCGCCGCCGUGAGAGCACGUCGCGUCGACGGCGUCGACGCGAUGCCGCAGCGUUGACGGCGUCGACGCGAUGCCGCCGCGCCGCCGCCGACAUGUGCCGCCCUGACGCUGUCGACGUCGCGCCGCCGCCGUCACGCUGCCCCCGCGCAGGUCAACGCCAAGCGCUGCCUCGGCAACGCCUGGGUCGCUAGAAAUGAUAUCCCGAGAGCGAUUCGUCGAUACGGCGCGGCCAUAGAAAUAGGGGACUCGGAUUACGACAUCGUCGACGAGGACGAGAAGCGGAGGUUGCGGGAAGCUGUUUCUGCAUGCAAGCUCAACCGCGCGAUGUGCCACCUUAAGGUCAAAAACUACCAGGACUGCCUCAAGGACUGCUCGGACGUGCUGGACAUUGAUUCUACAAGUGUCAAGGCCUUGUUCCGGCAAGGCAAGUGCUAUCUCGCGCUCGACAAGUGGGACGCCGCCAAGGAGUCGUUCCGAAAGGUCCUUGAGCUCGACGACGGCAACAUGGAGGCUCGGCGCGGGUUGCAGAGCGUGCGCGUACCAGUCUGUGUGAAAAUCAACCAACGUCGCGUCGAUGGCGGGAGCGCCUGAAAUUCGAUUGCCACACAGGUCAAGAUGCAAGCUCAGAAAGAAAAGGAGAAGAAGCUCUACGCCGGCAAGAAGCUCUUCGACGGGAAGGACCGACCUGCUCCGAAGAAGGCUCCCGCGUCGGCGUGUUGUGACGCGUCGGCGCCGGACGGGUCGUGUUGUCCGCCGCCGCCGCCCGAAGCAGCCGCGCCGCCGCCCGCGGAGCAGUAGGCGCGAUUACCCCCCUAAUAUUGGUUUUA